AGCGGCAGCAGCGGCAGCGCCGCUCGGCUGGAGUGGGGGCAGCUCUAUCGUGGGAGGAUGAGGAGUAGGAGGCCAGUGGAGUUCGGGAAGUCGGGCAGCGCAGACGCGUCGCUGUCGCUCUACACGCUCUCAGCUCUCAGGCAGGCUCUCAGGCUCACGCAGCGAGCAGUGUCGGAUUGUCGUCUUCGAGAGAGAGAGAGAGAGAAAGAGAGACGGGCGCAGCCCGCCCGGUUACGUAAGCGCAGGAGCAUACAUGCGAGAGUCGCGCGGCCAUCGGCAACGAGUGCGCGGGUGCGGAGCCUCGACAGCUGGCCGGAUCUAGAGAGCGGAGGAGAUGCCGACGACCAAGGGCGAGCGCGGCAACAAGGCCACGGACUUUAGCAUCGCGGCCAUCAUGGCGCCGAGGGGCCCGAGCUUCGGCCACUAUCAGCAGCCGGCGGCCGCCGCCGCGGCCUGCAACCUCGCCAGCAGCCCGACGCUCGUCGAGCACCGUCUGCGCUCGUCCCCGCUGAACAUACUCGCGACGGCGACCGUCGUGACGGACGAGGCGCUGCUCGAGGAGGACGAGAUCGAGGGCAGCGUGGGCGGCAUCGACGUCGAGAGCGUCGCGACGGACAAGUCGACCAACGACCCGGAGGACGAGGAGGUCGACGUCGACGUCGAGGAGUGCAGCAGCGUCGACGAGGGUCCGGCCUCCUGCGUCUCGCCCGGCUCGAGCUGCGGCAACCCGCUCAAGCGGCGCAAGUCCAGCCUCGAGCUGGACCAGGAUCUGCUCGAGGAGCAGGGCCCGGCGGCGGCUGCGGCGGCUGCGGCGGCUGCGGCGGCGCCCUCGCGCAAGAAGCGCCGCCACGCGCCGCCCAUGUGCAACAGCGAGGAGCUGCGCGACGUCGAGUGCCACCUCGAGACCAAGGAGCUCUGGGACAAGUUUAACGACCUCGGCACCGAGAUGAUCAUCACCAAGACCGGCAGGCGGAUGUUCCCGACGUGUCGGGUCUCGUUCAGCGGGCUCAAGCCGGAGCACCAGUACGCGGUGGUGAUGGACAUCGUGCCGGUGGACAACAAGCGCUACCGCUACGCCUACCACAAGAGCUCGUGGCUGGUGGCCGGCAAGGCCGACCCGCCGGCGCCGGCCAGGCUCUACAUGCACCCGGACUCGCCGUUCAAGGGCGAGCAGCUGAGGAAGCAGGUCGUCUCCUUCGAGAAGGUCAAGCUCACCAACAACGAGAUGGACAAGCACGGACAGAUAAUCCUGAACUCGAUGCACCGAUACCAGCCGAGGAUACACUUGGUCAGGAUGAGGAACAACUCGAACGCCCCUAUCACCGAUCUCGAGAAGGAGGAGCACAAGACCUUCAUCUUCCCCGAGUCUAUCUUCACGGCAGUGACGGCUUACCAAAACCAGCUGAUAACGAAGCUGAAAAUCGACAGCAAUCCGUUCGCCAAAGGCUUCAGGGACUCGUCUCGGCUAACGGACUUUGACCGGGACCCGAUGGAGCUGAUGGAGCAGCAGCUAGUGCGCAGCGGCGUGCCGCCGGUGCGGCUGUACGAGCACCUGGCGAUGAGCUCGCCGUCGGCGCUGCACCACCACCAGCACCACCAGCACCACCAGCACCACCAGCACCACCAGCACCAGUCCUCCCCGGCGGCGGCCGCGGCCGUCCUGGCCGCGCAGCAGCAGUCCUGGCUGGCCUCGCCGUCGGCGGCGCUGCUCUACGCGGCGGCGGCUCGGGCCGGCGGCGGCGGCGGAGGCAGCGGCGCCCCGUCCUCGCCGGGCGGCCCCUUCCCGGGCAGCUACCCCUACCCGCCGGCCGCGGCGUGGCCCUGGCAACCGACGGCGGCCUCCGUCAUCGCCGCCGGCUCGCCCCGACCGCGGGCCUCCCCUCCCGGCUCGGCCACCGGGCUCAGGUUCGCCCCCUACCCGAGUGGGGGUGCCGCCGCCGCCGCCGCCUCCUCCUCCUCCUCCUCCGCCGGCGGUGGAUCGACGACUCCGCCGGCGCAGGUGGCGCGACCCCAGCCGAGAUCCGCCAGCCCCAAUUAGCAGCGUCCGUAGGUGCGCGCGAGGCCGCGCUCGGAGACUCUUUCGGCUUGUAUCGACCGGUGCGCGCUGGACUCGUCCGAAUUAUCACGGCAAAUGUAAUUCGGCAGCGACGUCCGCAUCGUUCACCCCGGGUACGUAUGCAGGAGCGGUAGUGCAAUCGACCACCGCGACCUCCUUCGAAAUGGGUGCACACUCACACGAGGCUAUGUUGUAUGAGAGAGAACCAUCGCUUGUUUGCUUCUUUUCACUACUACCGUAUUGUACAUGAUUUGCGAUGUCGUCCUAUGUAAUUAUAUAUAUAUAUAUAUAUAUAUAUAUAUAAAAUUGUUACGUGUCCUAGUACGGUAUAACGGUGUCUUACUACGCCCCUGGCUCCUCGAGAGCAGGAGCCAGGAGCGUAGUUGUGUAGACGUAUAUUAUAUAAUGUAGACGGAGCCAAAGAAAAGCAUCGCCCCCGCGUAUCGCGCGAUGAGCCGUGGCUCGUAGACGCAUUUAAGCCCAGUAAAGAGGAGGAAGAAGAGGCAGAAGAGCUGAGGAAGCCGCUCAAAGGCGCGAAUCAUCGCGAGAAGGAGAUCUGGUGUUUGGUGUUUGUAGAAAGCAGCCGCGCGUUCGCCGGAAGCUGGCCAGUUCGAGUUGUGUGCGCUCGACGCCACUCGAGUGGCCGCGGCAUGACUCGCGGAAGAGGCAGCGCGCCUUCUCGUUUUCGGCCACAGCCUCGGCUUCGCGCUCUCAAAACACGCUGGAACUGGAAACUCUCGAGGCGCUUCUCUUCUCUUCGGCCGAGGAACAUUUAGCAGUGUAAAUAUAGUACAAAGCCUUACUUUAGUUGUGAAUAUCGAGGAUCAGUUGUUGUAUAGUGGAUAGCGAAGCGGAGGGCAGUGAAACGAUCCUCCUCGCCGCGAUACGUGUUAUGUAUAGAUAUAUAUAUCGUUGACGUGACUGCGAGUGUGUCUGUGUGUGCGCGUGUGUGUGUGUGUGUGAGAGAGAGAGAGAGAGAGAGAGAAGAGUUGUGAUAGCUGUACCAUACCGUAAUAGUAUUAUUCCAGCCUCUCUCGCUGGAGGCGCGCGAGAUUUGUACAUAAGAUGUUAAGAGUAUCGUCCUCGAGUCGUGUAGGUUGAAGGAAAACGGAAAAAGAGAUGAGCCAGUCCGCAGCGUAUGUAGCGGCAGGAAAAAUAAAUGGAUUUUCAUCGAUUAAAGCAA